AUGGGUGUAAUUUGUUUAAUAACAAAUUGUUGUUUAAAUUCGGAAAUAAUCAAAUCAUUUCAAAUUGAUAACGAAUAUUCAGAAGCUAUGUCUAAUAUACUAAAUUAUAAAGAAUUUCAGCAAAAAGUAAAAUCAAAAUGGAUAAACGAUGAGACAAUCUUAAUCAAUAUGGUCAUACAAUGUUUAACAAAUUGUUGUCGUAGUGAUAAUAAUGAAAUGAUAAGAACAGUACUACGUGAAAAAAAAAUAAUAUCAAAUUGUUUAAUAUUAACACAAAUAUGUCACGAUGAUAAUUUAGGCAUGAGAACAUCUCUACUAUUAGCCGAAUUAUUAAAUGACUCAGACUUAAACGCAACUAGCACCGAUGUUAUUAAUGAUCUAAUUAAUGAUUAUUUUACAUAUUUAAUUCGUGCUUUUAAUUCAACAACACAAUCUUAUCAUCACACUGAUAUAUUAUUAUUAUUAAAAGGUCUCUUAUUAUUAUGUAAAAAUGAUAUUAUUCAAGAUUUAAUAUCGAAGACAGAUAACAUAAAAAUUUUAAUAGAAAUGUCAAUACAAUAUCCAAUCAUGUAUGAUAUACUAUGGACAUUAUCGUUUCAUUCCAAUAUUCAGAUACAAUUGAAGAAUGAUAAAGCAUUUGUAAAUACAAUUAAAAGAUUGAAAGAUGAUAAAGCAGUAUCAGCUAAACAUAUUAUUACUGAAAAUAUAUCUAAUGAACAUAUUACUCCGAUAAUAUCAUCGCCUAAUAUUCAGAAACAAUAUCAAAACAAAGAAGUCAAAAAGUGGACAAAUACUGAUAUUGUUCAUUGGUGUGAAGAUUAUAAUUUAAUAACUUUUUCAAAAAUUUUAUCGAAUUUCGAUGGUAAUAGUUUAAUACAAUUACAUUUGUUAUGUAAAACCAAUUCAAAUCAAGUUAUUGAUUUAUUACAAAAUGAUAGUAAAAAAUUAGGGUAUGAUUUAUCUAUCUUAGAAUUAGCACGUUUUCAAAGUCAAUUAGAAAAAAUAAUUUUUGAAAAAGAUGAAAAUCGUAAAAAGACAACAUUAUCAAUAAAAUCACCAACGAUAAGCACUUCAAAUAGGGUAUCUAAAACAUGUUUGAUAUUAUGA